CUACUUCUACAAUUCGGGUUGAUUGGCGAUUUUCUGUUGUAUCCUCAGUAGAUUCUACGAUUAUUGUUGAAUAUAUGGACGUGCUUUGCAAUUAAACACAUUCGAUCCUUGACUUUUCAGUGCAGUGAUCACUUGUACGUUGCUGUGGUUCCAAGUGGCUACAAAAUUGCCACGGUGCUUUACGGUUGUUCACAAAGAACCGCCUUCCCCUCCUCCGCCACGUCACCUCGCGUUCGCGUAUCCCUGAAAUCGAACACAUAAAAUAACUCAAUUCCUAAUUUACAGCGACAAUCAGAGCAAAUCAUGGCGAAUAUCAGAAGAAGUGUGUUGUUUGGCAUAUCACGCUUCCUUAAUUCAACAGCCGCCCCGGCUCGUGUACUCGGCGGCGCAUCGUCAAACGCCACCAUUCCGUAUCAAACUCUCUACAGGCCUUAUGUUAAUUCAUUCUCUCGUUUCUACUCCUCUAAUGACGGCGUCGAAUCCCUAGAUUUCGAUUUGUCUAACGAAGAAAGCAAGCGAAUAUUAACUAACAGAUUGUUGUAUAGAAGCAAACAAAGGGGUUUUCUGGAGCUGGACUUAGUUCUAGGAAGUUGGGUGGAGAAUCACAUUGGAUCUUUAGAUGUAAAGGGGAUCAAAUCGCUUAUUACUGUCCUCGACCUGGAAAAUCCAGAUUUGUGGAAAUGGCUCACUGGACAGGAGCAACCUCCUGAAGCAAUUGAGACGAAUCCUGUAUUCAAUGAGGUGCGUAGCAAGGUGAUGAACAAUCUGGAGAGCUAUGCAUCUAAACAGACAAGGGCUACACCUGGGCAACCAUGGGUGAGAGGAUGGGAUGAUUUCAAGAAAGGUCGUGAUAGCCCUGAUGUUGGGAAUCAGUAGUUCUUCUUCUUCUUCUAUAACUCAAUUGCUGCUGCUUAGUAAUUUUACUUAUGUCAAAAAAUGUAUUAAGAAUAAAGGUGUUAUGACAUAACAAUGAGGAUGAUCUUCUAAUCUGUAGUGGCUGAUGUUGUAAACCUUAGAGCAUGAUGUUUUCAGGCCUGAAUAAGUUGCGUGUUAUAAUGUUGUUAUGAUAUAAAAUCGAAUGUAUACACUAGUCUGUUAUUGUGUGGAACCUUUUUUAGUUUUUAGAGUAAAAUACAGUUGCCAAAAUUGCACUUUUGGUCAUAGUAUUGGCUUUUUCUCAUGGGUGGUUCCCGUGGAGGGUUUUGGUAACACAUGUGGUCCGUUAGUUUAACAAAGACUAACAACUUGGCUGUUAUAUUUUUAAAUAUGACAAGUUUGCCCUUGUUUAUCUUCUCUUUAUUGCUUAUUAUCCAUUAAUUAGAACUACUAAUCACCAACAGUACCAUAAUCCACC